AUUUCUGAAAAAUGACCAAUGAGGAUUCACGUUUCAUUUGUAGAAAAGAAACGUCAUUUACUUCCAUUUUGCUUCGUGUACAAAGCGAGUCAACGAAAUAUAACCAAUAUUUACACAACAUACUGUUGUGAAAGACAAUUUCAUAAACAAGAUUAAAACUGGUGUUGUUAUUAAAAAAUGUUCUUAUGGGAUUGGUUUACUGGUAUUUUAAACUUCCUGGGUUUAUAUAAAAAGUCUGGAAAGUUGGUAUUUCUAGGUUUAGAUAAUGCAGGAAAAACUACUUUACUACAUAUGUUAAAAGAUGACAGAAUGGCACAGCAUGUUCCAACAUUACAUCCUACAUCUGAAGAAUUAUCAAUGGGUGGUAUGAGAUUUACAACUUUUGAUCUAGGAGGUCAUCAACAAGCACGAAGAGUAUGGAAAGAUUACUUCCCAGCAGUAGAUGGUAUUGUAUUCCUUAUUGACGUCUGUGAUAGAGAACGAUUCGUAGAAGCUAAAGCUGAACUAGAUAGUUUACUGACAGAUGAACAAGUUGCCAAUGCGCCAUGUUUAGUUCUUGGUAAUAAAAUUGAUAAAGCUGGUGCCGCUAGUGAAGAUGAAAUUAGACAUUGGUUUGGACUCCAUGGACAGACGACAGGAAGGGGUACAGUUGCACGAAGUGAGCUACCUGGCAGGCCUUUAGAACUGUUUAUGUGUAGUGUAUUAAAACGUCAGGGAUAUGGUGAAGGUUUCCGAUGGAUGGCACAAUAUAUUAAUUAAAUCAUCAUUGGGUGAAUGAGACGGAUGCAUGUUGUAAGAAAGGACGUCACCAAACCUCAUUUUCAGACAGAAUUUUAUACAAGUGUAUAUUUUGAUAACACUUAAUGUACAGAUAAUAAUAUCAGAUUAUUAGAAUAACAGAUGAACACAAUCAAUGGUUGUUUACAGUAUGAUUAUUAUGCAAUGUUCACUUUAAGUAUGAUCCAUCCUGAAUAAGUUAUUUGAAGAAGACUCAGACCAUAGCUGGUUCAUGUUUUAUGGUAAAAGCUUUAAUAUCAAGACAGGAUGAGUGAAAGCUAAUGUUGAAUAUUCUUAAUACUGAAAGCAAUUUUGAAAUAUUAAAUAAACAUGAUAUUCUGUAUAAGUAAAGUUGUAGUGUGUUAUUCAGAAAUUUGAUAGCAUGCUACUUGUACUAUUUAUAGAAUUAUAGAUAUAAAAAAAAUCUUAAUUGCCAUUGAAUGAUGCAUUUACUAUAAUGAAAAAUGUUUAAACUUAUCAGAUUCUGUUAACUUUUUCCAGAUCAUAUGGUCAGCAAUCAAAAAUAUUACUCCUGGUGACUUUUUGAUCAAUGUAGGCACUCAUAGUAUAACUUAAUGUGGAUAUUUUGUAACAAGCUACAAACUAAAGUAUAUGAUAUUUGACAUGGUAUUUCCAUUGCAUCCAUAAUGAACUUUAAUUAUUAUAUGCUUAAACAUGGAAUAGACACCUAGAUAAAUAAGGAUUUUUAUUAAUUUA